CACAAAUUUAGCGCAAGAUGGCUUCUGAAUUAGAGAUUGUUGAUGGUCAUAUGCACCUCUGGACGACUCAAACUCAUCCCUGGGUAGAAAAUGUGAAAGAUGGCGGGCAUCCAGCAGGAAAAUUCGAGAAAGUGGCCACCUAUACACUGAAGGAGUACCUAGCAGAUGUCAGUGGAUACAAUGUAACACAAGCCGUUCAUGUUGAAGCUUGUUGGCCCGGAGAUCCAGUGGGAGAGACAAAGUGGCUUGACGGAAUAGCUGACUCUAAUCCUAAAGGCUUUCCUCAAGCUAUUGUUGGUCAUGCUGACCUCUCAGCUGACAACCUUGAGGAGAUAUUGAAAAGACAGUGUGAGUCUAAACGAAUGAGAGGCAUCAGACACAUGCUCAACUAUCAUCCCCAGAAGCCAGAGUUCAGCGAGCAGGCUCACGACAACUUCCUCACCGAUCCCAAGUGGCUUGCAGGGGUCGGACUCCUGGAAAAGUACAGGCUUUCGUUUGAGCUUCACGUCCUUCCAGUUCAAAUGAGAAGAGCUGCAGAUGUUGUGAAAAAGUUUCCCGGCGUCAUGUUUAUGGUUGACCACUGCGGUCUACCGUACGAGCGAGAUGAAGCCACAAUGGCAGUUUGGAGAGAAGGUUUGACAGCUUUGGCUCAAUAUCCUAAUGCUUACUGCAAGAUAUCUGGUUUUUUUGCUACCAAUCCAAAAUGGACUACUCCAGAAUUGGCCUCUGUGAUUAUACCUUGCAUUGAAAUAUUUGGUGUCGAUAGGUGUGUUUUUGCUAGUAAUUUUCCAGUGGAUCGUAUCAAUGGGACGUUUGAUCAAAUGAUGAAGGAGCUACUAGAGAUAUUGAAGGAUUACUCAAAUGAAGACAGAAAGAAAAUAUUUGGAGAAAAUGCAAAGAAAUUCUAUCGCUUGUAACCUUUUAGCUAAUUUGAACUUGUAAAAUAUAUAAUAGAUUAUUAUUAUUAUUAUUGCAUUUUUUUGCUGCAAAAAAUAUUAAAUUUUAAAA